AUGCCGCCACCUAAGCGCAAGGUUCUCGCUACGAUAGACAGCACCAUCACGCCGCCUGACGAGCUCCCUCCCAAUCACUUCAUCGCGCGCAUCACCAAGGCCGAAGGGAAGAAUCUCUACUCCGCCGAGCUUCCAGACGGGAAGCCUGUUCUCGCGGAACUUGAGCCCAAGUUUCGGUCAACGGUAUGGAUAAAGCGGGGUAGCUACGUAGUGGUGGACACAUCUGCGCUGGCAGAUAGGGAUAAUAAGCUGGAUGGGGAGAUUGUCAACAUAGUCAGGGACGAGAAGGCGUGGAGGAAGAUGAGCUACUGGUAUGAACAUGGGUAUCAUAGGUUGCUAUGUGUACAGGAUGCUGACAUGGUGUUACAGGCCCCAAGAAUUCGCCAAGAAAUCCACAUACGUCGAGGACAGCGACGAGGAAGAAUCUACCGUUGGCAAGAUGCCGCCUACAGACUCGGAUGA